UUCUUUAUAGCUAGAUAGUUUUUGCCUCCCGAAACGAUACUCCUUAAUCCCUUAUCCAUUCCACUUCUCCCUCUCAAAAACCUCAAAGAAACCAAAUCACUGUUUCAAACAUCGGCCUUUUCUCCCAUGGCUCUGCUUCGUCUUCCCCACCAAUUUUCUCUCUUUCCUCUCCAACAUAAACCUCAAUCCAUCUCCAAUAACUUUAGCUCCAUCCCAAACAUCUCUUCUACUUGUUUUCUUCCUCCAUUAUCUCCUCUCACUACUACUCUUCGCUUCAAAGCUACACCGUUUACCAGUUUCAUCCUCCAUUUUUCUGCCACUACCCAAGACCCUGCUUUAGAAGCAAAACAAGAAGAAGAAGAAGAAGAAGAAGAAGAAGAAGAAGAGUUUUCGAAAACUAGAUUGAUUGCCCAGAACGUACCUUGGAGUUGUACCGUUGAAGACAUUCGUUCUUUGUUCGAGAAAUACGGCACAGUCGUAGAUGUUGAGCUUUCUAUGCAUAACAAGACAAGAAAUAGGGGAUUGGCAUUUGUUUCAAUGGCUUCACCUGAGGAGGCUCUUGCGGCUCUUAAUAAUCUUGAGUCAUAUGAAUUAGAGGGUCGUACUUUAAGGCUCAAUUAUGCUAAAGCUAACAAGAAGAAAGCUGCUCCACCUGAGAAACCCAAGCCAGUGCCAGCAUUCAACUUGUUUGUAGCAAAUCUUUCAUAUGAUGUAAGGGCUAAACAUCUUAAGGAGUUCUUCAGUUCUGAGGGUGCUAAUGUUGUUUCUGCUGAAGUUAUAUUUCAUGAUAGUCCAAGAAAGUCAUCUGGUUAUGGCUUUGUCUCUUUCAAAUCCAAGAAAGAAGCCGAUGCAGCAAUGUCUGCUUUCCAAGGGAAGAUGUUCAUGGGAAGACCAAUCCGAGUGCAACGUAGCAGACAAUUCGUGAAAGUUCAAUCAGACGAUGGUUCCCUGGCCAAUAAUAAAUCGACUGAGUCGAACAAUAAUUCGAAACAGGCAGCCAUGGAUUAAAGUUGAAUUUGAGCAUACUCAGAGCAAAGAGAGUUUAUUGUUUGUUACUCUGUAAGUAAGCAAUAUAUGUACAUGAAUGUUUCAGUCAUUUUAGCUCUGUGUUAUUUUUGGUGGCUCUUUGAAAAAAAAUUCAGUUCUUUGGUGAAUAUAAAUGCUGUUGUUCAAUAAAUAAAAAAGUACUAGUUGGGUGAUUGGCUGAA